GUAACCACGCUAGCAUUGAGAAAAGCUCUGUUGGCAACUUUGUAGCGGACUGCUUCAAACCAUGGACUGAAUUAUCAAAAGAGGCAGCACAACGUUCACUGGCAAACGGUAAAUAAAGUUCAUAACAUUGACCUGAACGAUGCCCCAUGGUUUGGGGGAUGCUCGAAAGAAGUUUGUUCUGACCACAGCUGGAAAUUUCUAUGGUGUAAAGCCUUCAUCAUCCCUGGCUGACAACCAAGAGCUGAACAACUUCUUGGAUGAUGAAAAUGAAUUUAUCUUGUCCUUUACCAGACAUGAUAAUGACCUUCACCUGUCUAAUAAGAUUGAAACUUCUGGGGACUGCCAAGAGAAGGUGUUGGUGUUCUUCAAACUGCAUCCCACCGUGAUCACAGAGGACAACCUCGAUGGGAGCCUCUUGGUGUCAUCCAUGUUGGAAUCUCCCAUCAAUACCCUCUACCAGGCUGUAAAGCAGGUUUUUGCACCCGUACUGCUCCAGGAUGAACGCUGGCGUUCAGCUUUUGACCCUAAGCUUGCAAGUCUGCUUAAUGAGCUGGAAGAGGGCCUGGGCUGUGUGGUUCGCCAGUCUGGAGCUAAACCUUUCGCCAAGAAGGGCCGCACAGAAGAUGAUGUCCUGGGAAUCCUGACCCCAAAUGAUGAGUUCCAGUUUUGGGCAGAUCUCUCUGAGUCUGCAGAGAGGAGCAGUGUGAGAGACAGGGCAACGUAUUUCACUGAGCAGUUCAAACCCAUACAAAAGGAGUAUGUUGGUCUUGAUGGGUUGUCCAUGUCAGACGUUGUGGAUCUGGUGGAACAGAGCAAAGAUGCUCUGGAUGAUGUUUGGAAGCAGACAGACGUCCAGCCCUAUCCAGAGACACGAAUGGUCCGGCUCAUGGAUGUUAUGGGUGGAGCUUUGGGAAGGUAUGUCCAGAGGAAGAUGAGUGGUCUUAAGUUUUUUGAAGAGCCAUUUGUGCUGAUGAGAGAGAACCUGAGAGCAGGUGUCUCCAUCUGUGAGCAGUGGGUGGCAGCCUGCGAGCAUUUGACUGGACAGGUGUGGAAAAGACAUGCUCCACACCCUUGGGAGGGAAAUAAACAUUGCCCACAAACCCUUCACUGCCUUGCAAAACGACUGAAUGAGGUGGUGACUAUCCGCCUGGUUCAUGAGAAACUGCUCUGUUUGCUGCCAGGAGGAAAGCAGCAGGUUCUGACUGCAGAUCGUGUGUUUGAACCUUUUUCUGGACUCAAUCCUGUACAUUACAAUCCCUAUACUGAGCCUCUUUGGAGAGCAGCAGUGAUUCAGUUCGAGCGAGUCAUAGCUCCAUCAGAGCAGGAGGUGGCUGGCAGACUAAAGAGCUACAUUAGUGAUGUGCAGGACAACCCCCAACAGCUACUGCAGCUUUUUCAGAAACAUAAGGAGUUGAUCAGACGCCCAACAAUCAGCAAAGAGCUCCAGUCUGAAAGAGAGAAGCUUCUGGCCAAGCUCUUAGACUACAACAAGGGACUGAAGAAUGACUUUGAGAGCCGUUGCCAUGGAGACCCCGGAGACAAGACUGGCCCGCUUACUGGCAGGAACCUGCCUGAGGUCAUCAACAAAAUUGUUUGGGUGCGACAUAUCUUACACAGGGUGGAAGACUCUGUCCGCAUAGCAGAGGCUCUGCUUUCAGACCUAUCUGGUUUCAAGGGGUUCCUGCGUUUCUGUGAUGAUCUCCUGGAAAUCUUGAGGGCGUAUGAACAGGAACAGUUUGAGGACUGGUCCAGAGAUAUACUUUCAGGAUUGGCUGACCCAAAAUCAGGGAUCAGUCUUCAAGCCAGUAACCGGGUCAUGGAACUGGACCAUGUGGAUGGCCACCUCAAGAUCCAUUACUCAGACAGGUUGGUCAGUCUGCUCAAGGAGGUCAGGCAGCUUUCAGCUCUGGGUUUUCCUAUUCCAGCCAAGAUACAACAGGCAGCUAAUACAGCAGACAAGUUCUACAGGCAAGCCAUUAUCCUAAAACAGGUGGCCCAUUUCUACAACACUAUUGACCAACAAAUGAUUCCCUCUCAGAGGCCAAUGAUGCUCAGUCUUGCGUUGGCCUUUGAGCAGGUCAUCAAGAAUCAUCAUUCCCAGUCAAAGGAAUCAGGUAGCAAACUCCAGAUUACCUGGGAUAAUCCCAAAGAGUUGAAGGUUUACAUCACCAAGCUGCAGUCCGCUGCAGAGAAGCUUUCCUUCGAGAACAGAAAGCUACGAAAAUGGCACACGGAUUUCAUCGACAAGGUGGUGACGCUGAUGAAUGUGGACCUAUUAAGACAUCAGCAGCGAUGGAAAGAUGGCCUCCAGGAACUCCGCACUGGCUUCGCCACUCUAGAGGCUCAGGGCUUCAGGCAUGAUGACAUGCGGGCUUGGCGUCAGCACUGGAACCAUCAGCUUUACAAGGCUCUUGAACACCAGUAUCAGACUGGACUGGAAGCGCUGAAUAAAAACUUGCCUGAUAUACACAUUGACGUCGUUUUCAAGCAGGGACGUUUACAGUUUCGUCCGCCAUUCGAGGAAGUUCGAGCUCGAUAUUUCAGGGAGAUGAAGCGUUUCAUCUCGAUACCAAACCAGUUCAAAGGUGUCAGCAUCCAGGGGGAGGAGCUAAUCUUCAACAUAAUGAUAGACAGAAACGCCUCCGGGUUCCUCACCAUUUUCAGCAAAGCUGAGGUCCUCUUCAGCCGCCUGCUGACUAUACAACAUAAGUUCAAGGAGUGGGUUGUGCUCGGCCAGGUAGAUUUAGAGAAGUUGGUGGAGAAGCAUCUCACUUCUGUGCAGGACUGGGAGAGAAAUUUCAAGGCCCUAAAAGCUAGAGGGAAAGAGUCAGAACGCCUCCCCAGUCAGGAGAAGGUAGACUGCAUUACAGUCAACUGUGAGCCUGUAAAAACCUCCAUUGAUGACCUGAUCCAGAGAUUGUUUGACUUGCUGCUCUUAUCACUUAAGAAAUCAAUACAAGGCCACACACAAGCCAUCGAAAGCUUUGUUUCCGAAUCAAUGGAAGCUCUGGCCAUGCGACCAGAAAGCAUGGAGGAGAUUGGUGCAGCUACUGGCAAAUAUAGCCAGAUUGUCGCUCGCAAGCCUGAAAUAUUGCCCCAGUUCCAGUUUGCUGAGGAGAAAAACCGUCUUCUGCGUUCUGUGGCUGGGACAGGUCUGGACUCAUUAUCCUCUCUGAGGGCCAAGUGGGACAAACUAGAACUUGUCAUGGAGAGCCAUCAGCUCAUGAUGAAAGACCAGGUAGAGGUGAUGCGAAAUCAUGCAGCUGGUCGUAUCAGUGCCUACAAAGCAGAUUUGGAGCGCUUCAAAGCACGCUGGGACCAACUAAAACCUAAAGAUGAGAUGCUUGAGACUGGUGAUCAUGCUGUCCUGCUUGCUUGCCUUCAGAUCAUUAGGGAUAAACAGCAGGAAUUCCAGGAAAUGGAGCUUGUACGCAAUAAACUGCUUGAAGACUGUACAUAUUUUAAUCUGGAGCCUCCAGAUUUCUCUCUGGCAGAAGACACAAAAAGAGACAUGGUUGAGCACAGCCAGAUGUGGGGUCUGUAUGAGGAGUGGCAGCAAGGCUUCACAGAAAAGGCCCGGGAGGACUGGAUCACAUUCAGGAGUAAAACGUAUGUGUUUGAGGAGUUUCUCUUUACGUGGCAAGACCGACUGAGAAAACUAGAAAAGCCAACAGCCAUGUCUGUUAAACUCCAAGGAGAAGUGGACAAAUACAAGAACAUGGUACCUGUGCUGAAGUAUGUUCGUGGGGAGCACCUUUCACAGGACCAUUGGUUGGACAUGUUUCGUUUGCUGGGUCUCCCACGAGGGACCACCUUAGAGAGACUUACCUUUAAUGACCUCCUUGGAGCGGCAAACACCAUCAUAGAGAAAGCGUUGGAGCUCAAGGAUCUGAACAGUCGGGCUCAGGCAGAGGUGUCAAUCAGAGAAGCCCUGAGGGAGCUGGAUUUGUGGGGCGCUGCAGCCAUUUUCACUCUCACUGAGUACACAGACAGUAGUGGGCGCAUGCUAAGUCUCAUCAAGGACUGGAAGGAUAUAGUCAACCAGGUGGGAGAUAACCGCUGUCUGCUGCAGUCUCUGAAAGACUCGGCCUACUACCGCAGCUUCCAGGACAAGGUCACCCUGUGGGAGGUUCGCCUGUCAGACUUAGAUGAGUAUCUGAUCAGUCUUAAUGCCAUUCAGAGGCGCUGGGUUUACCUGGAGCCUAUCUUUGGAAGAGGAGCAUUGCCUCGAGAGGAGGCCCGCUUUAAACGGGUGGAUGAAGACUUCAGGUCUAUAAUGUCAGAUAUCCAGAGAGACAACAGAGUUGUUUCUCUGAGCUCACGGGCUGGCAUCAGAAACUCCCUGGUCACCUUAUUGGAUCAGCUGCAGCGCUGCCAAAAGUCACUGAAUGAGUUCUUGGAGGAGAAGCGUUCUGCUUUCCCUCGUUUCUACUUCAUUGGCGAUGAUGAUCUUCUAGAAAUUCUCGGACAGGCGACCAACCCGAGUGUCAUCCAGUCCCAUCUGAAAAAACUUUUUGCAGGCAUCCACAGCGUUGUGUUUGACGAACCAUGCCAGAACAUUGUCGCUAUGUGUUCUUUGGAGGGAGAAGUAGUACAGCUAAGAAACGUCGUGCACAUCUCCAGCCUAGUUGAAGUUUGGUUAAGUGAGCUGUCCGUGGAAAUGAAAGAAACUCUGAAACAUCUGCUGAAUGAAUGUCUGUCUGUGGGGAGGAAAGGGGAGGUGGAUCCCUCGCGCUUCCCUUCGCAGAUUCUCUGCCUGGCUGAGCAAAUCCAGUUUACUGAAGAUGCAGAAAGAGCCAUAAAAGUGCACACUUUGCAUCAGCUGGACCUGGAGCUUAAUAGCAAAUUGGAGCACUACACCACAGUGGAAACCAGCUCAGAUGAUCAUCCUAACACAGAGUCCAGUAUUCUGCAGCUGAAGCUAAAAGCUUUGAUCUUAGAUAUCAUUCACAACAUCAGCGUGGUGAAGCAGCUUAACCAGGCAGGCGUCACCAGUACUGAUGACUGGGCCUGGAAGAAACAGCUCCGCUUCUACAUGGGAACAGACAAAAGCUGCCACAUACACAUGGUGGACGCACAGUUCAGCUAUACCUAUGAGUACCAGGGGAAUGCUGCUAAGUUGGUGCACACUCCGCUGACUGACAAGUGCUACCUGACUCUAACCCAGGCCAUGAAGAUGGGGCUUGGUGGGAACCCCUAUGGGCCCGCUGGCACGGGCAAGACUGAAUCCGUCAAAGCUCUGGGGGGUCUUUUCGGACGCCAGGUGUUGGUGUUCAACUGUGAUGAGGGUAUAGAUGUGAAGUCAAUGGGAAGGAUAUUUGUUGGGUUGGUAAAGUGUGGAGCGUGGGGCUGCUUUGAUGAGUUCAACCGUUUAGAGGAAGCGGUGCUAUCUGCAGUAUCCAUGCAGAUUCAGGCCAUUCAAGACUCCUUGAAACAUCACAAGAAAACCUGUGAGCUGCUGGGGAAGGAGGUGGAAUUGGACCCAAACUCUGGGGUUUUCAUCACUUUAAACCCUGCGGGUAAAGGCUAUGGGGGCAGGCAGAAACUUCCAGACAACCUGAAGCAACUGUUUAGGCCUGUGGCCAUGAGCCGACCAGACAAUGAGCUCAUUGCUGAAGUCAUCCUCUACUCAGAGGGCUUCAAAAAUGGAGAAGUACUUGGACGUAAGCUGGUCGCAAUCUUUAACCUGGCCAGGGAGCUGUUGACCCCCCAGCAGCACUAUGACUGGGGUUUGCGAGCUCUGAAGACCGUGCUUAAAGCUUGUGGCAGUCUCCAACAGCAACAGAGGAGAGCUCAUGACAAGGAGAAGAUUCAGGAGGGUAGUCUGGUGGUGCAGGCGUUGAGAUUAAACACCAUGUCCAAGCUGACAUUCGCAGACACCUCUCGGUUUGACGCCCUGGUCAGAGAUGUCUUCUCUGGGGUUAAUUUCACCGAUGUGGGAGACCGGAUCCUGAUGGAUGCAUUAAACGAAGUCUACAAGGAGGCACAGCUGGAACUCAUACCCAGCCAGCUGAAGAAAGCGAUGGAGCUGAAUGAGCAGCUGAGACAACGUAUGGGUGUAGUGAUUGUGGGGCCAAGCGGAGCAGGCAAGUCUACACUCUGGAGGAUGCUAAGAGCUGCUCUCAACAAGACUGGCAAAGUGGUGAAACAGUACACAAUGAAUCCUAAAGCCAUGCCAAGACAGCAGCUUUUGGGACAUAUAGACAUGGACACCAGAGAAUGGGCUGAUGGCGUUCUCACCCACAGUGCCAGGACUGUGGUCAGAGAACCACAAGAUGUGAACUCCUGGAUAGUGUGUGAUGGAGACAUUGACCCAGAGUGGGUUGAAAGUCUAAACUCUGUCCUUGAUGAUAAUCGUUUGUUAACCAUGCCCAGUGGAGAUCGUAUCCAGUUUGGGCCCAACGUUAACUUCCUGUUUGAGACGCACGACCUGAGCUGCGCCUCUCCAGCAACCAUAUCCCGCAUGGGCAUGAUUUUUCUCAGUGAUGAGGACAUUGAUGUUGGGGCUUUGGUGAAGUCGUGGUUGAGGGGUCAGCCAGAGGAAUGUCGCAAUAACCUUGAAAACUGGCUGGGGGACUAUUUCCAAAAAGCUCUGGACUGGGUUCUGAAGCAGAAUGACUUUGUGGUGGAAACUAGUCUGGUGGGGACAGUAUUGAAUUCUUUAUCCCAUCUCAAUGCUGUGUCUGAGAGGGGAGAGUUUAUUGUUGGUCUUCUAAGGGGCAUCGGAGGAAACCUCAAUCUCAAAACACGACACGAGCUUGCUAAAGAGUUGCUGAGCUGGGCACGGGAAAGUCCACCAGAUGCCAGGAAACCACUUGAUACCUUCUAUGAUUCCAGCAGUGGCCAUCUAGCUGCUUAUACAUUUCAUCGUCCUGCGGAUCUUACUUUGGAGCAGUUUUUUCACACGCAUGUAUUACCUGUAGUAGAGACUCCUGGCAUGCAGAGAGGUCUGCACGGUUUCUCCCCAUGGCUUGCAGCUCGCCACAGGCAGCCCUUCAUGGUGGUUGGUCCUGAGGGCUGCGGAAAGGGCAUGCUCCUUCGCUACGCCUUUGCAUUGCUGCGUUCCACACAAGUUGCCGUGGUUCACUGCAGUGCCCAGACCUCCUCUCGUCACGUCCUCCAGAAGCUCAGCCAGACAUGUCUGUUGCUUAGCUCAAACACUGGUCGGGUGUUCAGACCUAAGGACUGUGAGAAUUUAGUCCUUUACCUAAAGGACAUCAACCUGCCCAAACCAGACAAAUGGGGGACCAGUAACCUCAUAGCCUUUCUGCAACAGGUUUUGACGUAUAAGGGGUUUUAUGAUGAAAAUCUGGAGUGGGUGAGCCUUGAGAACAUUCAGGUGGUGGCCUCCAUGUCAACAGGAGGUGCGGUCGGCACCCAUUCACUUACCUCCCGUUUCUCCUCAAUAGUUCGCAUCUGCACCAUAGACUAUCCAGACAGAGAGCAGCUGCAGACCAUCUACUCAGCUUACCUUCAACCGGUUCUCCAUCAUAGCCUGGGGGACCAAGCUUCCUGGGCCAGCGCAGGAAAAACACACCAGCUGGCAGGAUCUCUUGUACAAGUCUAUGAACAGGUCAAAGUAAGGUUUACAGUGGAUGACCACAGUCACUACCUGUUUACACCUUGUGUCCUCACAGAGUGGGUUCUCAGCUUACUGCGAUAUGACCUUACAGCAGCUCAAUCUAAUUUAACAGACAGCGUCUUGGAAGUGGUCGCUUAUGAGGCCAGGAGGCUGUUCAGAGACCGACUGGUUUCUUCUAAAGACAUUCACAACUUCGACAACAUCCUCUCCUCCAUCAUUCGGGGAGACUGGGGCUCUGACGCUCUGGACAACAUGAUUGAUGGUUUCUAUGUGACAUGGGGAGCUUCUGAAGGGGCUGUCGUGGCUCCAGGUCAGCCUCUGCCUCCUCAUGGAAAACAGCUUGGUCGUCUGGAUUCUGCUGAUUUGAAACAGGUUAUACAGAAGGGAGUUGCACUGUACAGUCGUGACAACAAAGAACUUGACCUUUUGCUGUUCUGGGAAGUGUGUGACUUUGUGUCCAGAGUGGAUCGGGUCCUGAGCCGACCCGGUGGCUCUCUGCUUCUGGCAGGACGGAGCGGAGCGGGUCGGCACACAGCCACGUGCCUGGUGUCACACAUGCAUGGAUACACAUUGUUCACGCCUAAAAUCUCUCGUGGAUACACCCUUAAACAUUUCAGCAGUGACCUUAAGAUGGUGAUGCAGCUGGCAGGUCUGGAAGGUCAGCAGGUGGUUUUGCUGUUGGAAGAUUAUCAGUUUGUCCACCCAUCUUUCUUAGAGAUGGUUAACAGCCUGCUGUCCUCAGGUGAAGUUCCAGGUCUGUAUACCGCAGAGGAACUGGAGCCUUUACUUUCCUCGCUUAAAGACGCAGCAUCCCAGGAUGGAUUCACCAGACCACUCUAUGACUACUUUUCCUACAGAAUUCAGCAGAACCUCCACAUUAUCCUGAUCAUGGACUGUUCUAACUCUAACUUCACCAUCAACUGUGAAAGCAACCCAGCUUUCUACCGGAAGUGUUCUGUCCAGUGGAUGGAAGGAUGGUCAGAGAGCAGCAUGAAGAAGAUUCCUGAACUUCUGCUGGCAAAAACAGAACAAGCAAAAGAGGAGAAUGAAAAAGAAAAGGCGACCAAUAGGAAAAGCUCAGCAGGGUCAGAACCAGGAGAGCUGGGUCGUUUGUUCCUAAUGGUCCAUGAAUCAUGUAAAGAAAAUGGUGCGACGCCAAGCCAGUACAUGGCCUUCUUGCACCUGUACACAACGUUACACAGUCGGAAGCAAAACCAGCUUACAACAAGACAGCAGCAUCUUCUGGCAGGCGUGUCCAAGUUGAACGAGGCCAAAGCAUUGGUUGAUGAUUUAAAGAGGCGGGCUGCCGAGCAGAGUGCACUGCUGAUAACCAAACAACAGGAGGCAGAUGCUGCCCUGCAGGAAAUCACCUCCUCCAUGCAGAAUGCUAGUGACCAGAAGACAGAAAUGGAAAAGAUCAAAGAGAAAAUGGCUCAAGAGGUGUCCAAGAUUGGAGAGAGAAAAGCAAAAAUAGACGACGAGUUAAAGGAAGUUCAACCUUUGGUAGAUGAAGCAAAGCGUGCAGUUGGAAACAUCAAGCCUGAAGCUCUGUCUGAGAUCCGCUCUCUCCGCAUGCCCCCUGAUGUCAUCAGAGACAUCCUUGAGGGGGUACUGAGACUUAUGGGCGUCUUUGACACCACCUGGGUCAGCAUGAAAAGCUUUCUGGCUAAGCGUGGUGUGAGGGAGGAAAUAGCUACGUUUGACGCUCGAAACAUCACCCCAGAGAUCCGUCAGAGUGUGGAAGAGCUCCUCAACAGGAACAAGGCUUCUUUCGACCCUAAGAAUGCAAAGCGUGCAAGCGCAGCAGCUGCUCCCCUGGCUGCCUGGGUCAAAGCAAACGUCCAGUACUCCUUUGUCCUGGAGAGAAUCGGGCCGCUAGAAAGAGAGCAAGCUGGACUUCUGGAAAACCUUAAAAAAACAGAAGGUAGGAAGAAUAAGCUGGAAGACCAGCUCAACAAUGUUGGAGCCAAAGUCAACAAGUUGAAAGAGAAGUUUCAGCGUCACACUGCCGAGGCUGCAAAGCUGGAGGCUGAGGUGACUAAAGCUCAGGACACGAUCACUGCAGCCCAGCAGCUCAUAUCGCAGCUGGACAGAGAACACACACGUUGGAAUGCACAGAUGUCUGAGAUACAGAGUGAGUUGGACACGCUUCCUCUCAGGGCUCUACUUGCUGCAGCCUUCAUCACCUACCUGACUGCUGCUUCUGAAGACCGAAGGAGACACUGUCUGGAUACAUGGAUGGCUCAAUCUGGAUUACAGAAGUUCGACUUGCGAUCCUUCCUGUGCUCAGAGAGUGAACAGCUGAUAUGGAAGAGUCAAGGACUGCCAUCAGACGACCUCUCUAUGGAGAAUGCACUGGUUAUACUACAGAUUAAUACACUCAAGUUACAGAGUGUUGCGUGUCCCUUCCUGAUCGACCCAUCGUCCCGAGCUACAGAGUGGUUACGCACACAUCUUAAAGAACAGAGACUAGAGGUUAUUAACCAGCAGGACAACCACUUCAUGACAUCAGUGGAACUGGCAGUAAGAUUUGGGAAAACACUAAUCAUCCAAGAGAUGGAUGGUGUCGAACCUGUGCUCUAUCCACUGCUGAGGAAAGACCUCAUAGCUCAGGGUCCAAGAUAUGUGGUGCAGAUAGGAGACAAAGUUAUUGAUUACAACGAGGACUUCCGUCUCUUCCUGGCAACACGAAAUCCCAGUCCCUUCAUUCCCCCUGAUGCCGCUUCAGUGGUCACAGAGGUCAACUUUACCACGACCAGAGCAGGCCUGCGAGGACAGCUGCUGGCCUUGACCAUCCAGCACGAAAAGCCAGAAUUAGAGACUGAGAAAACUAGGCUGCUGCAACAAGAGGAGGACAAGAAAAUACAGCUGGGCCAACUGGAAGAAUCUCUGUUAGAGACUUUGGCUUCAGCUCAAGGUAAUAUUCUCGAGAACAGGGAGCUGAUUGACAGCUUAAACCAAACCAAGGCGAGCAGUGCCCUCAUCCAGGAGUCGCUGGUGGAAUCACACAGGCUGCAGGCGUCUUUGGACCAGGAGAGGGAUGCCUUCCUGCCCUUUGCAGAGAGUGCCAGCAAGAUGUAUUUUGUUAUCACAGACCUGUCAAAGAUCAACAACAUGUACUGCUUCAGUCUUGCUUCUUUUUUGCGCCUCUUCCAAAGGGCUCUUCAGGCCAAGAAGGAAGACCUAAAUACGGAAGCCAGGAUUGCUGCUUUGGAGAACAACUUGAAGAUUAUGGUGUAUGAAUAUGUCUGCCGGUCACUUUUCAAGGCUGACCAGCUGAUGUUUGCAAUGUAUUUUGUGAAGGGCAUGUACUCAGAACUCUUCCAGGAGAAUGAAUGGGAAGUUUUAAUUGGAUCCAUCGUUGGAGAAAUGUUUAAAAAAGAGGAGUUUCCUUCUUGGAUUGAUCAGGAGAGGCAUGGAGCAGUGGCCAUUUUGAAAACUACUUUCCCAGCUCUCUACCAGACUCUGUGUUUGAGCGACUUAGACCUUUGGCUGUCCUUCUUGCAAAGCUCGCAGUGUGAACAGGAAAUCCCAUCUUCCAUCACCAGAAAGAUUAGUCUCUUCCAGCAGCUGCUGUUGGUUCAGGCAGUAAGACCCGACCGUCUGCAGAGCGCCAUGACUGCCUUUGCCUCUCAGGCUCUUGGUAUGAAAGAGCUUUCCCCUCCUCCUCUGAAUUUGCGACGUCUCUACAUUGAGACUAUGGAGUGGGAGCCGGUUUUAAUCAUCAUCUCUCCAGGGGCAGACCCAUCCCAGGAGCUUGCAGAACUAGCAGCAGAAACUAUUGGCAGGGACAAUUACCAUGAGAUCUCCAUGGGUCAGGGACAGGCUGAUGUGGCCCUGGCCACACUUAGAAAAUGUUCUCUGGAUGGAGACUGGCUUUGCUUGAAAAAUCUUCACCUUGUCACUGCCUGGCUGCCCCUCCUGGAAAAAGAACUAAAUGUGCUGCAUCCCAAAGCAAGCUUCCGUCUUUGGCUGACAGCAGAAGUCCACCCAAGAUUUCCCCCAAUAUUGCUGCAGGCCAGCCUUAAGAUCACGUAUGAGGCUCCCCCGGGUUUGAAGAAGAAUCUGCUGAGAACGUAUGAGUCCUGGACUCCAGAGCAGAUCAGUAAAGGAGGCAAUCUGGCCAGAGCCCAAUCUCUUUUCUGCCUGGCUUGGUUCCAUGCUGUCUGUCAGGAGAGACGGAAGUACAUCCCCCAGGGUUGGACAAAGUUCUACGAGUUUUCCUUAUCUGACCUCCGUGCUGGCUUUGAGAUCAUCGACAGGCUCUUUGAAGGUGGUAAAAUUUUCCAAUGGGACUUUGUCCAUGGACUGUUGGAGUGCGCCAUCUAUGGUGGACGAAUAGACAACCCCUCUGACCUCCGCAUCUUGAGCUCUUACCUCGAGCAGUUCUUCUCUGCAAGACUUCUUUCGUCCUCCCUCUCUGGUGGACAAAGGAGGAGUAAAGGAGGGGGACGCAUUUUUCCAUCUCAGAUCAGCCUCCCAAACUCCUGCUCCAUCAUGGACUACCGUAGUGUGGUGGAGAACCUCCCAGAGGAUGACAAGCCUGCGUUCUUUGGUCUGCCUGCCAACAUAGAGAGAUCCUCACAGAGAAUCAUCAGCUCCCAGGUAAUUUCACAAUUGCGUGUCCUCAGCCGCUCCGUGGCAACAGGCUCCAGAUUUGACCGGGAGCUGUGGUCAAAUGGACUUUCACCUGUUCUCAACUUAUGGAAGAAACUUAACCAGGGUUCUUCGCUGAUCCAUCAGAAGGUUGAGGCACCUACAGAAGGUCAGAAGUCACCGAUCCUAUCAUUCAUUGCUCUGGAGCAGUUUAAUGCAAUCCGCCUGGUCCAGAAUAUUCACCAGUCUUUGGCCGCUCUGAGCAAAGUCAUCAGAGGGACCCAACUGUUAACCCCCGACGUCCAGAAACUGGCCACUGCCCUGCUAAAUCAAGAGUGUCCUGUAACAUGGCAGAAUAAAUGGGAAGGACCAGAGGAGCCGAUGCAGUACCUCAGAGCCGUUGUAGCACGGGCUUUAGCCAUACAGAGUUGGAUUGAACGUGCCAACAGGCAGGCUCUGCUCUCUGACAUUCUUGAUUUAUCAGAGCUGUUUCAUCCUGAUACCUUCCUGAACGCCCUGAGACAAGAAACGGCCAGAUCCAUAGGCUGUUCCAUGGAUAGUUUGGUGUUUCUCUCAUCCUGGAGGAGUCCGGUUGCUCAGGCCAAGAUACAAGUUAAGGUUGGUGGCCUCCAGCUGGAGGGGUGCCGUUUUGACGGGGUCCAUUUAAGUGAGAACCAACAUGAUUCUCCCAGCGUCUCAGCUGUCCCAGCCUGCCACAUGGCCUGGGCUCCACAGAGUUCUACAGCUGACUCCACUGAUUCAGAGGAGAGCAUCUGGCUGCCACUGUACACCAGCUCAGAGAGAGUGAAGUUGGUCACUCACGUCUCCCUGCCCUGUGGAGCAAACCCCAACCAGUGGAUACAGGCCGGAGCUGCUCUUUUUCUUAAACAACAGUGAAAGGAUGACUUUUUCAUGAUGAGGUCCAGCACACAAAGAUAGAGCUGGAUCUGAUGUGAGCACAAUGAGCAUUAGUUAAAGA